GCCCCCUCCCGGCGGUCGCGCGCGCGGCCCCCCUGCCCGCCGCCGCCCGCUUCCUGCCGCGUCCGCGCGCCCGCCCCGCCCGAGCAGCGGCCGCAGCCCCGGCCGGGCCCAGCGGGGAGAUGAACACGGUGCUGUCCCGGGCCAACUCGCUCUUCGCCUUCUCGCUGAGCGUGAUGGCGGCGCUCACCUUCGGCUGCUUCAUCACCACCGCCUUCAAGGAGCGCAGCGUGCCCGUCCGCAUCGCCGUCUCCCGGGUCACGCUAAAAAAUGUAGAAGAUUUCACUGGACCUAGAGAAAGAAGUGAUCUGGGAUUCGUCACAUUUGACAUUACUGCAGAUCUGCAGAGUAUAUUUGAUUGGAAUGUUAAACAGUUGUUUCUGUAUUUGUCUGCAGAAUAUUCAACGAAAAACAAUGCCCUAAAUCAGGUGGUCCUUUGGGACAAGAUCAUGUUGAGAGGAGAUAACCCAAGGCUGUCCUUAAAAGACAUGAAGUCAAAGUACUUUUUCUUUGAUGAUGGAAAUGGUCUCAAGGGAAACAGGAAUAUCACCUUGACUCUCUCCUGGAAUGUUGUACCAAAUGCUGGCAUUCUACCUCUUGUAACAGGAUCAGGACAUGUGUCUGUACCUUUUCCAGAUACCUAUGAAACAACAAAAAGUUAUUAAAUUAUAGUACUGAAUCAUAAGCAAAAUAUUUUUAUACUUGUAUAUUGUGGAUACAUUUUAUUGCAGUUUCUUCUUGCAUCCCAUGCAACUUUUCACUGAAUGGAGCUUAAUUUCCUCAGGAUAGUAGCAUAGGAAAAGGAAAUGAAAAUUCAGGGUUUUUUUUUUUUAAUAAAACAUUGAAGCUGAAACUUAAGGGAAAGGUAAAUUGCAGAGUAACGGUUUUGAGGGGGAAAACUGAGGAUUUUUUUUUUCUGGCCAUUUAAGUAUAGAUCUCCUUUUCUUUUAAAUAAAUAUUUUUAAACCAGAAGAUAGUCUUCCUGUGUUUGGGCUUUUUAAGUACUGUGAUUCUUAUUUAUUUUGUGUAGAACUCAAAUAUACUUUCUGGAGUUGGUUUCUGGAAGUGCCUGAAGGAAAUGGCUGUUCCAUUUUAGGGCAUUUUUUUAAAUCCAUGUGCAGUAUGUUACAGUAGGCUAAACUUGGUCCUUUCUAGGACUGUCAGCAGCUACUUUGAAAACUGGUAGUUCAUUAUCUGUCAGUCAGCCUCAGAUCUUGAGUGCCACUGAUGAAGCCCACAUUCAGUUCUGUAUUACAAAUCAUUUUAAUAACUGCUUGCAAUGCAGCAAACUGGAAGAAUAAAAAGAAAUCUACUCA